UGGAGGUUUAGCGGCGCCGGUGGGAGGAAGAGGGCGCGUUGGCUGUGCGCUGUCCUCGCGGCUGGUGGGAAGCGAGCGCGCCCUUGAGAGCCAAGGGCUCCAGCGAUCCCUUUUGCCAGCGCCAUGGCAGUCCCAGGUUGCAAUAAGGACAAUGUCAGAGCAGGCUGUAAAAAAUGUGGCUACCCUGGCCAUCUGACAUUUGAAUGCCGCAAUUUUCUCCGAGUGGACCCCAAAAGGGACAUAGUUUUGGAUGUCAGCAGCACAAGCAGUGAAGAUAGUGAUGAAGAGAAUGAAGAACUGAAUAAAUUACAGGCAUUACAAGAAAAAAGAGUAAAUGAAGAAGAGGAGAAGAACAACAAAAAGCAAAGAAAAAAUCAAAUUGAAAAAAAAAAGGAAAAGGUCUUACUCAUCUACUUCCACUGAAGAGGACACUUCAAAAGAAAAGAAACAAAAAUAUCAGAAGAAAGAAAAGAAUAAAGAAAAAAAGAGCAAGUCAAAAAAGGGAAAACAUCACAAAAAGGAAAAAAAGAAGAGAAAAAAGGAAAAGCACUCUUCUACCUCUAAGAGUUCUGAAAUCUCUAAGAAGUAACUGAGACUUUGGCCUAAGCCAUUAAAUUUUAAAAUUUGUUUUUAAAAACUAUUUGAUCUUGGGAUUUGCUAUAUAAUCAUUCUUUGCAAUAAAUCUUUCCAUAUAGACUUUUUUUUAUAUAUAUAAGACCAUUAUCCCUCUAACAAAAUAUUUUUUAAUGUGUUCUGACUAUAAAGUUUUGAAUCAGUCUUGCCACUUGAUAGUCAUGCCACAAGUAUGGAUAUUGGUACAUAUAAAACACAUCACUUUUGGUAUUUGUGUGUGUGUUUGGCUAGUGUUAUUAUAUCACAAGUUGAUUGCAAAAUGGCUUUACCACAGUCAACACAGAUAAUUUACCUAGCUAAUAAUGAGUAUUGCUGAAUCAAGUGUCCACAUUCCAGUGACAUUGAAAUUUUUAAUAGCUUUAUAUAUACUAUGAUAUAAUGUAUAAUAAUAGUGAAAUUUUUAACUGUUGUUUUUAAUCUGUAGGCUUUUUUCAAUGCCAUAGGACAUCAAACUGCUUUAUUGGUCUUGACUAGGACUUUUUAAAUGAAUGGUGUCUGCAGGAAGAUGAUAAAUGAAAAUGUUUAUAACAGAGCUUCACUUUUCUAUGAAAUGCAGAGUUUCUAGUACCUGCCUGCUUUGUUUUUGUAACAAUUAAAAUAUCUCUUUCCUGUUUAAAAAGACAAGUCUACUUCAGCCUAUUAGUAAGUCUCAUGGAGAUGAUACUGUGUUGGUCAGGAUUUUUAGGAUAGACUACUGAGUUGUUUUGCAAAUUAUGUCACGUUGGCAUGUGUUAAAGUGAUACCUCAAACACAGAAAUUUUUAUUUAGGACAGCAAAAUCUUCAUUAGAACUGAUUUUUAUUGUAUUCAGUAUGUAAAUUUAUGAAACUUGUUUCUGUGAGUAAUACGGAAAAUUUUUAUAAGUGUCAACAUAUAUAUUUAUUUUGUCUGAAAUAAUUUGUAUAUAGUUUUGAAGCAGGCUUCACACUAGAUUUAUGGUUUCAUAAAUAGUGAGUUUGAGGUGUUCAUGGGCUUUUACUUUAGACACAAACCUCAGGAGCAGUGACAAAAAUUUAGAAUUAAGAGUUUUAUUUUUUGCUUUUUAAAAUUUAAGAGCCAGGGAGUUGCAGUAUGAAAGCUUUUAGAUAACAAUGGAAAUUUUAUAUGGGUAAGCAUUUUCAAACACAUAUUAGUAGAUUUAAAUGUUUCUUAGAUUUUUAAUUUGACAAUAAUUAGUGUUACUUAUUUCGCUUAAUGCUUAGUUAUCCCUUAUGCCCAAUAAGUGAAAUACUUACUAUUUUGUAGCAGCAUUGAAUGUCAACCCAGUAUCAUGACACAGCACCAAAGAUGCGAGAACCUCAGGGUGGUGCAGUUAUAACUUUUCAAAUUGGUAACCCACAAACAUGGCUGCAGGUGAAUUCAUAUGGUAAGAUUGGCUAAGUGCAUUUAACUUCACGGGCUGAAAAGGUUUAUUGAUUCUUCGGUCACCCUGCUCCCUAAUUAACAUGUCCCCAAUAAGACUCAGGGAGCCCUGUUAACUCCUCUUAUAUGCUUACCUAGAACCCAUGCUCAAAUUCUAGUGAAGCUGCACCCACCUCCAUAUUCUAGCAUUAUAGCCAUGGAAGCUCUCCCAGCCUAGCUUUUCCAUAACCCAGUUUCAUAAUAUGGCCACCUAAAAAAGAAGUUCUUUUUUCUUUAAUAGUUCAGUCUGUUGUUUGCAGAGAAACACAGAUUUUUGAGGAUUUGUUUUGCCUUUGUUACUGUUUUAUGAAAAUACAGUAACCCUUAUUUCUUUGGUUAUCAAGAUGAAAAAUAUGAGUAAAAGGGGGGGAAGCCUUGUUAAAAAAAAGAUUGAAAGAUGAUACAUGCCAAAGGAUGACCUCAUCCCAUUGAGUGUGUAACAUGAUUUAAAAUGAUAGUAAUUGCAGUGAAACAGUUAAUCCAGUUAUAUAUAACUUAAUUUUGUUAAUUGUAGAGAUUAUAAAUUCACUCAUUAGAUUUGUUUUCUGAAUGGUGACACGAUUAAUGAUUGCGAAGAAUUAGGUAAAAUUCAACCCUCGUUAACUAAUAUAGUAUGCAAAUUAUAGAUUUUUAUACUCAGUAAGUUUUCCCCUAGAAGCAAUCAUGAAAUUAUUCUUAAGUGAAUUCUCCAUAGUCUUAGCAUAGUUUAUGAAAUAUCUUGACUGAAUAAAAAUCAUUUAUUUUUUACUAAAAUAAUUUUCUUGUAUAUGAUCAUGUUACUGUUAUUGGGACUGGAUGCAAAUCUCACUGGUAUAUUUAGGAGAAAAUUAAUGAAAUUUCCUCUCAAGCAGUAUGUAGCAGAAGGAAAACUGGUUUUAAUAGUAACAGUCCGAUAGAUCUGGCUCUUCUAACUACCUACAUGACCUUCAACAACGUCAUUUAGUUUCUCUGGGCUUUGGUAUCUUUCAUCUAUAAAAUGUUGUACCACAUGAUCUCUGAGUUCCCUUCCAGUCCGUAAUGUAUAUGAUUAUUAAUACUUUAGGAAAAUUCAGGUAACAUUCAUUUUAGAAAUUAUUGUAGAUAAGCAGCUUGCAUUAUGUAGUGGUAAAGAUUGAAUACAAUUGCUAAAUAUUGAAGUUACUCUCUCUUUAAGCAGAUAAUUUUUGAUUCACAUUCUUACCACCCCAGUGUGUGUCAUUUUAACCAGAUGCAGAUCAAAUUUAUAUUUAGAUUUGUGUCUAUGUUCUGAUUAUCUGAAAACUUUGAGGCUAUUGCUUUUGAAGCUUUGAGCUAAAACUUUGGGCUGAUGGACUACUAAAGAUUUAAUGUAUGUCCUCUUCACCGGAUGCAGACAUAAUUUACAUCUAAAUUUGCAUUUGUAACCAGAUUAUUUUGAACACUUUGAGACCAUUGCUUUGGGCUGAUGGACCUACUCUCCCUGUAGAUCCCCCUUUUGUUUCUUCAUAUAAUCUGUUAGCUAAAAUCUUUCAGAGUUAUCUCCAGUGCUUCACCCUUAGUGUAUCUUUUGUUCUCUGAAGUCAAAAUGUCAGUAAAUGAGGAGUAAAACAACUGUGUGUAACCUAGAUCACCUUCAGUGGUAGAGUAGGCUGAUGUGUCAUUAAUGGCAUUGAUAACAAUCAUUGAGUCCUUUCUUUAGCAAACAUUUAUUGAGUACCUGGCAUUGCAAACACUAUGCUAAGCACUAGGGUGACAGAGGUAAAUAAGUCACAUUUGCUUCCCUGAAGGAGUUCACAGUUUAGUUGGUAAGAGAAACACAAGACCACAUCAUUAUAUAAUAAGUGCUAAAAUUGAUCUGAAUGUAGACUUAUAGAAACACAGAGCGCUACUUAACCUAGUCUGGAGAAAUUAGAAGAGGCUACCUAGAGAAAGUAAUGCCUGAAUUACAUUUGGAUUGAGGGUAAGGAUGGGAGUUAUGAAAGCUCCUGGCAGAGUGGGUACUGUGGACACACCACAAAUAUAAGAAAUUGAAUAGUGUAUGUGGCAAGAAUUACAAGCAUUUUAAAAGGUGAAAUUGCUCUCAUUAGGACACAUAGGAAAUAAUUUCCUUCUUUUACAUUAUUUGUACUCUUCUUCUAGACCUAUUCUUUGUGACUCUGAUUGUUGCUACCAAAAAUUAGUGACUUAAGCCUCCUAAAAACACAUAAAGAAAGGUACUAUAUUCUUCAUCAGACACAUCUCCAGAAUUAUAUGUAUAUACUUUGAAAUGUGUUUUGCUUUGUUUUGAAUUUUAGAUUAUUUUUGACUGGCUUGAAAUAAAUUCUGUCUCUGUUAGUAUUCAUUAGAUCUAAAUAAAUCAUUUAAAAUACAUUUUUUCAUUGUACGUAGUGUGCUAUAAUUUCAUCGGGCUUCUUUUUUUUUAAUAUUUUGUCUCAAUCUAUGAAGCACAACUGGUUCAAAGUUAGACACAUACCACGUGGUCCACUGGGUAACCCUCAGGUAACUUUGCAAUAAGCUGGCUCAGCAGGGAGCACCUCAAGGACCCAUUUACAGUAGUGCUGAUAUUUAAACUUCCUGGGCAGCUGGCAUGCAAGGACACAAGGUUUCUUAAGCCAGCAAGUUGAUAACCCCAACUGAGAAGCCCAGGGUC